AUUAGUUUUCACAACCAGAGACUUUUAAGCGCAGACUUAAGUAUCUAUUGCGGACUAAUACGGCCGAGUGGUUGCGAUUAUAUCGUCUUAAAGCGACACAGAACGUUGCAAAUUUAAAGGCAAACACUUAACAAUACUUACUUCGGAGCACAGCUAAGUUUAAGCUGUUAUCGAGAUGUCUAUUCAAGGAGGAAUAUUAUGUAUGUUUGUUUUCUUGUUUCACUCAGUUGUUGCUCAACAGACUCCAGCAAUUUCCUAUAUCACUGAAGAGAGAGUGGUUAAUAUUGGUGAUAAUGUUGAUCUGCAGUGUUCCGUCGAGUAUGCUUCAAAUUAUCCUGUAUUAUGGACAAAAAUCAACCGUGAAAAGCCGUCAGAAGAUCUGUUUAUAUCAAAAGACAGUUCGUUGAUCGUUCCAGACCCAAGAUAUUCUAUUCGGCACGAUAAAGGUAGCAGAACUUAUACAUUACAGAUUUCAAAAAUUCAAGAAAUCGAUGCAGGUCCGUACCAGUGUCAGGUGAUUAUUGGACCAACCAGCAAAAUUACUGCUGAUGUUCUUAUGUCUGUGAAAAUUCCUCCGGUAAUAUUAGACAACAGUACACAUUCCAUCGUUACAAGCAAUGGAGCUACUGUUUCUUUGAACUGUUAUGCUUCAGGACUCCCCACUCCUCGUAUCUCCUGGAGAAGAGAAAACAAUGAUCUACUGCCAACUGGGGGUGCUGUAUACAGGGGUAAUGUUCUGACUAUUCAUGAUAUCACUAGAGAUGACCGUGGAACAUAUUAUUGCAUUGCCAACAACAAAGUAGGAAGAGGUGCUCGAAGAAAUGUAGGCGUGGAGGUUGAGUUUGCACCAGUGGUAAUGACAGAUAGGCCACGUUAUGGGCAGGCCCUAAAAUAUGACAUGGAUUUUCAGUGUCAUGUAGAAGCUUUUCCUUCACCUUCUAUCAUCUGGAUAAAAGAUGGUUUUCAGCUGAAUGACAAUCAACACUAUCGUAUUUCAAUUUUUGCAACAGCAGAUGAGUUUACUGACUCUAUACUACGAGUGAAAACUAUCGAGAAGAACCAAUAUGGAAACUAUACUUGUAAAGCAGUCAAUAAAUUAGGGUCUGAUCAGAAGGACAUUCAACUUGUAGAAACUACAAAUAUAAUUUGUCCUCCAGCUUGUGGUAUAGGACUUAUUUCUGGUGCUGAGAACAAGAAAACUGCCUUUCUUCUUGCCAUCUUUAUGGCAAUCUUUGAUUUAAUGUUUGCCAAACAAAAGUUGUCAUGUUCUUUAAUUUUAGCAAAGCUCUAUUAAAAUUAGUUCUGUUUUUAUAUGGUAUAUGUGGUGAAUAUCAAGUGGAAUUUUAAAAUUCAGAGCCUUAUAUUUGAAAUAAAGCAUCAAUGAAACUGAAAGCUUUUGAUUUGUUACUGGCAAAGAUU